AUGUAUGGACAGUCUUACAGAGCAGAGGUUGACUUCUCCAAAUCUGCCAGCCCCACACCUCGAACACUACAGUGUUCUGCAUUGCACCAUGACCUUGGAUGUUCAAACGGUGGUCGUUUUUGCAGUGAUUGUGGUGCUAUUGCUUGUGAAUGUCAUACUCAUGUUCUUCCUGGGCACUCGUUAAAUGGAUUUUUUCUCCUGAGCUGUUGGGGGCUACUACUACCACUAGCAAUUCAACAAGAGAGCACGAGCGGGAGAGAGAGAGAGAGAAAGGCGAGAGAGAGAGAGAAAGAGAGAGAGAGAAUUUCUUACUGAGGGGGGAAUCGCAUUGAGCUUCAACAUGGCCUCGCUGUGAUAUGUGGAGGAAGCAUUGCACAUACCUUGAUGGCCUUGGGAAUGAGGAGGUGGUGGAGGCCCCUUCGGAUCCUGCACAGUGACAUUUCCAGAGCAGCCUCGCACUGCAAACUCCCGGCUCUGUCCGAACUGAUCAGUGGUGGUUCCAUUGUCAGUGCUGAGGCAGUAUGGGAUCACGUCACCAUGGCCAACCGGGAGUUGGCGUUUAAAGCAGGAGACGUCAUCAAGGUCCUGGAUGCUUCCAACAAGGACUGGUGGUGGGGUCAGAUCGACGAUGAGGAAGGAUGGUUUCCCGCCAGCUUCGUGAGGCUAUGGGUGAACCAGGAGGAUGGCGUGGAGGAGGGAACCAGCGAGGUGCAGAACGGCCACCUGGACCCCAGCGCCGACUGCCUGUGCCUGGGCAGGACCGUGCAGAACCGCGACCAGAUGAGAGCCAACGUCAUCAACGAGAUCAUGAGCACCGAGCGCCACUACAUCAAACACCUCAAGGACAUCUGUGAGGGUUACUUAAAGCAGUGCCGGAAGAGGAGGGACAUGUUCAGUGACGAGCAGCUGAAAAUCAUCUUUGGGAACAUUGAAGACAUCUACAGGUUUCAGAUGGGGUUUGUGCGGGACCUGGAGAAGCAGUACAACAACGAGGACCCCCAUCUCAGCGAGAUCGGACCGUGCUUCCUGGAACACCAAGACGGCUUCUGGAUCUAUUCUGAGUACUGUAACAACCACCUGGAUGCGUGCAUGGAGCUCUCCAAGCUGAUGAAGGACAGCAGGUACCAGCACUUCUUCGAGGCGUGCCGCCUGCUGCAGCAGAUGAUCGACAUCGCCAUCGACGGCUUCCUGCUGACGCCCGUGCAGAAGAUCUGCAAGUACCCCCUGCAGCUGGCAGAGCUGCUCAAGUACACAGCCCAGGAGCACAGUGACUACAGGUACGUGGCCGCUGCCCUCGCCGUCAUGAGGAACGUCACGCUCCAGAUCAACGAGCGCAAGCGGAGGCUGGAGAACAUCGACAAGAUCGCUCAGUGGCAGGCCUCUGUCCUGGACUGGGAGGGAGAUGAUAUCUUGGACCGCAGCUCGGAGCUGAUCUACACGGGAGAGAUGUCCUGGAUUUACCAGCCUUAUGGACGGAACCAGCAGCGAGUUUUCUUUCUCUUUGAUCACCAGAUGGUUCUCUGCAAGAAGGAUCUGAUCCGAAGGGAUAUCCUGUAUUACAAAGGGCGCAUAGACAUGGAUAAAUAUGAAGUGGUGGAUAUAGAAGAUGGGAGAGAUGAUGACUUCAAUGUCAGCAUGAAGAAUGCCUUCAAACUGCAUAACAAGGAGACUGAGGAAAUGCACUUAUUCUUUGCCAAGAAACUGGAGGAGAAGUUACGAUGGCUUAGAGCUUUCAGAGAAGAAAGGAAGAUGGUAAAAGAAGAUGAAAAGAUAGGCUUUGAAAUUUCUGAGAAUCAAAAGCGGCAAGCGGCAAUGACAGUAAAGAAAGUCAGUAAGCAAAAAGGUGUGAGCUACUCCAAGUCGGUUCCUCCAGCCUACCCACCACCCCAGGAUCCAUUAAAUCAGGGACAAUACAUGGUGACAGAUGGCAUAUCCCAGUCCCAGGUCUUCGAGUUCACCGAACCCAGACGCAGCCAGGCACCAUUCUGGCAAAACUUCAGCAGGUUAACACCAUUCAAAAAAUAAUACCUAGAGAGAUGGAGAAUUUUAACUUAAAAGAACUAAAAUUUAAAAAAUAAAAAUAAAUAAAAUUAUAUUUAUAGAUGGACCUUUUUUCGGAGAAGCACUGUUGCAACUAAAUAUAUAUACAUAUAUAUAUGUAUACACACAUUUAAAAAAUAAUAAUAUAUAUACAUAUAUGUAUAUAUAUAGAAGGACCAAAAACUUUUUUUGUUGUUUUUGGGAAGUAAUCUGCUACUAGAUACUAGGAAGCACCAAUGAUUUCUAACCAUGUGACCUGUUUUAUUUUAUUUUACUCCAUUGGUUGGACAUCUCUUUUUGUUGGAUUUUAUUUUUCCUGUUUUCCUUCAUUUCCAUCCGAGUCGUCAUUGGCAUCCCAGAAUGCUUUCUCGCUUGUGUGACUCCGUCAUGGAACUUCCUCAUGGACUACAUUGGUGUAAAUUUUGUUUGAUUUUAUUUAUGGGGGGUGUUGUUUGUUUUUUGGAGUGCUGGGAGGUCUCUGCUCCCUGUCCCUCCCUCUCUGUCCCUCCCUGGCUGUCCCCAGUCCCCAGCCCGGGGCGGGCCCGGCGCUGUCCCCGUCCUGCAUCCCCGGUCUGACUCGUGCCUGUCUGGAUGUGCUCCCUGUGCUCCCGCUCUGCUGCGCAGUAUUUCUCUGGCUUUAACUGUUCUCUCGUGGGCAGGUGAAACCCAGCAGAAGGGCAAGCAGCUAUAUAGGAAGUGAGGGAUGGGUUUUCCUCAGCUCAUCUUUUGCGUUUUUUUAAGCACUUGUCUUUUUCUCAGUUCAGUGUGAUUUGUUCACACACGGAGUAAGACGGAGAAAAGAGAAUCAGGGGCUUUUCUUCUUUUUGCUUUGUUUCUGUGGGCUUAACUUUGAUUUAUUUUCUUUUCAAGCUGAGAUACUUGAAAAGCCCACUCCUAUCUUUGUUUUCCAUGCAAAGAUAAAAGCUUAAAAACCGAUGGCUUCAUGCCUCCAUUGCAGAGAGGAAAAUUGGCUCUGAGGCUCCGACAAGCGGCCAGUUUUCUGUCUUCAGGAACUAAGGUCCCAUCCUUUGGCCACACUCAGCCUGCACAGCAGCGCCUAACGAAGCACUAAUUGCCAUUGCAGGAGCAGUGACCCCAAAAGAGAGGCCCGUGGCUGCUCGCAGUGCCCACUCCACACCAGGUCCCCCAGCUCUGCCCCAUUAGCAGAAGGAUCCUCGCCCCAGCCCUAGGAGUGCCCACCUGAGGUUGAACCCGAGCUGCAGAGGAGCCGAGAGCUCCUUGCAGCAGCUCUGGCUGUGACUGGGCAGUGUGGCCCUGGUUCUGUGCCCAGUCCCAGCUGGUGCUGGUCCAGUCCAGGCCCCUCGGUGUCCCAGGAGGGGUCAGCGCAGUCAGCCUGGGGUGAUGGACCAGCCCAACUCUCCAGGUCUCUUUCUCUCUCUUUUUCUCCCUCUGGAGAUUCACAGCUCUAUUUUUAAAGACCCUUCCUACAAUUUCAGCCUUAAGUACAUUUAUUUGCAAGUGCAGGAGCUUAUGGUUAAGCUUGUAAAACAGACCAUUGUCAGGAGAAGGAUUUUUUUUUUCCUAGGGCAAAUGAGACUGUUUAACCAGAUUUAGAAGAUGAACUGGAAAUCUUUGCAGAGUGAUUCUGCAAGCUCCUUUGAAAAUAUGACAUGAAGUGAUUGAUCAGGGUAUUUGUCAUUUUCUUUAGAAUCUGAUUCACAUCAGCACCCCAGGACAAAGAGCGUGGAGAUGCGGGUCUUUUUGUUUUUUUGGUUUUUUUUUUUUUUUUUUUUUGCCCCCAAGAAAUCCAAGUGAAUGGGAAAAGCAGAGAGUGUGAUUUCAUUGUUUCCAUGGAGCCUGUUUUAUUUCAGGGCAUGUCACAAGGGCGGCAUUAUUUUUAUUUAAAUCCAAAAAUAAUCUCUCUUAUACUUUAGAAUAAUCUAGAAACUAUCAAUAACCAGCAAAGCCAGAUUAGUGUUUGGAAGAGGAGGAGUGGCCCCUCUGUGACAGGCAGCAGGCAAACACCAGGAAUCCCAAAUAGGAAGCAACCCAAUUUUAUAUUUGAAAUUAUUUUUAUGCUCUUUUGUAUCUUUGCAUUUUUAUUGAUAGAUUUUAAUGUGGGAUACGUAGCAAAUACUAUUUUGUUUCUUUAACAGAGUGGGUAUUUAAAGCAGUGCAUGAGAUGGGUUCUCGUCAGUUAACUGAAAUGUUUUACUCUUUCUGAAUGGCUGGAGAGAGGCAGAGAGAGAGAGAGAGAAAGAGAGAGAUUCCAAAAUGUUGUCAACAUGAUGAAAAUUUCACUUACUCCUUUUGCCUUUUUAAUUGCUUGGGAAAAAAAGAAAAAAACAACAACCAAGUAACAAUCACAUUAGUUAAGCCUGUUCAUUUACUGUUUUGUGCCUCAGAGAGUGAGAAUGAGACAUCCAUAAUUUUUAUGAGAAGAUGCUUCCUAAAUAUUCAGCACUAGGAAAAAAGAAACACCACCGCCACACCAUUAUUUGCAUCAUAAAUCAAGAUCUGACAAGGCCACUUGUUGGACUCGCAGCUUCUUUGUUAAGUGGGCAGCCCGCCCGGGCAGCGCCGCUCGCGCUGGCGCUGGCACAGCGGCCGCAGGGAUGAGGGGCUUGGCUCUCGGGCCUUCAAGAAAGCUCUUCCCCUCCAUAAAUUGCCAAGGUGCUGCAGGAGAUGGAGCAUUGGCACAAAGAAGAACCAGCACUGGGUCCCACUUGAGCACCUGCUGUGGCUGUCCCAGCAGGGAGCAGGGCUGGAGCGUGUGUGUGACAGCGCUGGGAGCAGCGCCCGCGCAGACGGGGGUGACUUGACUGAGCAUCUGGUACAGACUUUUCAUUCCAGUGCCAGACAGGAGGAACCCACUUCCCAUUCCAUAUGCAGAAACAAGAGAGUUGUAACAAACUUACAUGUUUACGGUAUUUCUCUGGCUGAAGCUAUAUAUAUAUAUAUAUAUA